CGCACGCGGCAGCAGCUGUUCUGUUGCGACAGAAGGGAAAGGGCGCCCGAAUCCAACCUGGAGAAGCCCCCGGCCGGCCGGCAAGAAGGAGGACGAGGAGACGACGAACGACGCCCGCGAAGAUCGCCCGCCAGAGGUGCCACGAUGCCCUCGGACUUGGCCAAGAAGAAGGCGGCCAAGAAGAAGGAGGCGGCCAAGGCUCGCCAGAGGCCCAGGAAGACUCCCGAGGAGAACGGGGACGGGAGCGAGCAGGACCCUUCCGCCGCGAGCCUGGAAGUCAACGGCACCGAGGAGCCAGACAUAGACUCCAUCACCAAGGCCAUGGAAGAGUUUGAGCUGAAGAAGGCGGCGGCCCGUGCCGUCACAGGGGUCCUUGCCUCACACCCAAACAGCACUGACGUCCACAUCAUCAAUCUCUCCCUCACCUUCCAUGGGCAGGAGCUGCUGAGCGAUACAAAGCUGGAACUCAACUCUGGGCGACGCUAUGGCCUCAUUGGCCUGAAUGGCACUGGGAAAUCCAUGCUGCUGUCGGCAAUUGGGAAACGGGAAGUGCCCAUUCCAGAGCAUAUUGACAUCUACCACUUGACCCGGGAGAUGCCCCCCAGUGAAAAGACACCCCUGCAGUGUGUGAUGGAGGUGGACACAGAGAGAGCCAUGCUAGAGCGGGAAGCUGAGCGGCUUGCACACGAGGAUGCUGAGUGUGAGAAGCUGAUGGAGCUGUAUGAGCGCCUGGAGGAGCUGGACGCUGACAAGGCUGAGAUGCGAGCCUCGCGGAUUCUGCACGGCUUGGGCUUCACCCCCAUCAUGCAGAGGAAGAAGCUGAAGGACUUCAGUGGUGGCUGGCGGAUGCGGGUGGCUCUUGCCAGGGCUCUCUUCAUUCGACCCUUCAUGCUGUUGCUGGACGAGCCCACAAACCACCUGGACUUGGAUGCCUGCGUGUGGCUGGAGGAGGAGCUGAAAACGUUCAAGCGCAUCCUUGUGCUGAUCUCCCAUUCUCAGGACUUUCUGAACGGCGUCUGCACCAACAUCAUCCACAUGCACAACCGCAAGCUCAAGUACUACACGGGCAACUACGAUCAGUACGUGAAGACCCGUCUUGAACUGGAAGAGAACCAGAUGAAGCGGUUCCAUUGGGAGCAAGAUCAGAUCACCCACAUGAAGAACUACAUUGCACGCUUUGGUCACGGCAGUGCCAAGUUAGCUCGCCAGGCACAGAGCAAAGAGAAGACCCUCCAGAAGAUGAUGGCCUCAGGGCUGACUGAACGGGUCAUCAAUGACAAGACGCUGUCCUUCUACUUUCCUUCAUGUGGAAAGAUCCCUCCUCCUGUCAUCAUGGUGCAGAACGUCAGCUUCAGAUACAGCAAGGAUGGGCCCUGGAUUUACAACAACCUGGAGUUUGGCAUUGACUUGGACACGCGCGUUGCUCUUGUGGGGCCCAACGGGGCUGGGAAGUCCACACUCCUCAAGCUCCUCACUGGGGAGCUGCUGCCCAGUGACGGGAUGAUCCGCAAACAUUCACACGUCAAGAUUGGCAGAUACCACCAGCACUUGCAAGAGCAGCUGGACUUGGACCUCUCACCGCUGGAGUACAUGAUGAAGUGCUACCCAGAGAUCAAGGAAAAGGAGGAGAUGCGCAAGAUCAUUGGACGCUACGGCCUAACAGGAAAGCAGCAGGUGAGCCCAAUCCGGAACCUGUCAGACGGGCAGAAAUGCCGAGUGUGCUUUGCGUGGCUGGCCUGGCAGAACCCCCACAUGCUGUUCUUGGAUGAGCCCACCAACCACCUGGACAUAGAGACCAUCGACGCACUGGCAGAUGCCAUCAACGACUUCGAGGGGGGCAUGAUGCUCGUUAGCCACGACUUCCGGCUUAUCCAACAGGUGGCCCAAGAGAUAUGGGUCUGCGAGAAGCGGACAAUCGCCAAGUGGCCAGGCGACAUUCUCUCUUACAAGGAGCAUCUCAAGUCCAAGCUGGUAGGCGAAGAGCCGCAGCAGGCGCUUGCCAAGAAGACCAACGCUGUCUGAGCACCUGCCGCAAGCCUGGUGGGUCAGCUGGGCCACCUUUCCCCAGAAACUGGUGUCAGUCCAGUCCACCUGCCACUUACUCCUCCUCCACUCUGCCAGGGAAUGAACAGGCAAAGACAAGGGUGGGGGCGGCAGCUUCCUCCUCCCCUUCCAAUGCUUUUGCAGCUGCUUCUUCCUCACCCCCUUUCAGCGCUGCCACCAUGCUCCCUCCCUCAUUCUUCCCUCUGGUCCCACAGCUGGACAGCCCCUCCUCUUCCUCUCCCUGCUGCCGCUGCCUGCGGAGGGCACUUCUCCACCCCUCCAUAUGUGCAAAGGGGCCCCUGGCUUGCUGCUGGUGUGCAGGGCCUGACUUUCUGCUUCAGUUUCCAGAUUUCACUCGAACCUCCUUGGGCCUCAGUUUGUUUUUAAUAAUUAUUUAUCAAUGUAUUGCUUGACCUGUGGGAGAACUAUCGGUCAAUAAUAAAGAGGAAAAAAUGUUUCAAUAGUUCUGCCUGCUUCUUGUGGUGGGGAGCUUCUGCAGAACGGAUACAAGGCCUUUCUCCCCUCACCCCACUCUCCAACUGAGCAGCAUCUAUUUCCCAGUAUGAGAAGAACCUGAACUGAGCAAACAGGAGCAAAGGAUAAAUCAGGUCCUCUCCACACCUGUUUCCAUUUCACCUUGAAAGUUCUGGCCUUCGGACCAUGAUAAACUGGAGCCCAGCAAAGAUCAAUGAACAAAGCAUUUUGAAUUCAGUGGCUUCAAAAUAUCCAUAUUAGUCACUCACAUUAUUUUUUAAAUAUUUUCCCUGAUUGUUAAUAUGUGUAAUAAAGUUGGAACUACUUGCAGAUAA